AUGACGGACGACGUCUCGAAGCUCAAGGUCGCGGAGCUCAAGGAGAAGCUCAAGGACGCGGGGUUAUCCACCGCGGGGCUGAAAGCUGAGCUCGCGGCGAGGCUGCGAGAGCACCUGGAGCGAGGCGGAUCAGGCGCGGAGGAUGUUAUUAAUGGUAUCAACGCGAAGGACGACGUCGACGACGACGGCGGCGACGCCAAGACGACCGCCGACGCGGACGCGACCGACGCGUUCGCGGACGUCGCCGCCGCGGCGACGGCGACGGCGACGGCGACGGCGACGGCGACGGCGACGGCGAAGGACGACGGCGACGCCGUCGGCGACGCGUCGCCGGACGCGGACGUCGUCGCGGACGACGCGCCCGCGCCCGCGCCCGCGCCCGCGAAUGCGAACGCGGCGGAUGGGGAGAAGGACGACGACGACGUCUCUCGUCGACCCUGGAAGCCGCCGACGAAAGCCGCGGAGGAGGCAGACGACGAGGUCGACCACGAGGUCGACCACGAGCCGUCGCCGUCGCGCGAGGACGACGCCGCCGCCGCGGACGAGCCGCCGCCCGACGCGCGCGCGUCGACGGGGAAACGCGCGCGCGGGGACGACGACGACGAACGAGCGGACGCCGACGCCGACGCCGACGCGCGGGAAACUCGCCGGAAACUCGAACCGACCGCGCCGACGCGCGCGCUGCGCGUCGACGGCUUCGUCCGCCCGUUCACGUUCGCGCAGGUCAAAGCGCUCGCGACGUCGUUCGGCGAGCUCGACGGCGACGACGACGGCGACGGCGCCGCGUCCGGCUUCUGGAUGGACCAGCCGAGAAAGACGCACGCGAUAAUCGUGUACUACUCGUCGACGUCCGCGAUCGCCGCGCACGAGGCCCUGAACGGGAUGACGUGGCCGGAAGAGACCGGGAGACCGCUCGUGCCGAGGUACCUGAGCGUCGAGGACGCGCGCGAUAUCGUGGAGGAGGGCGAGGCGACGAGGAGGAAGAUGAGGGAAUUGCGCGACGCGGCGGCGGCGGCGCCGAGACGUUUUGACGCGAGGAAAGAGUCGCGGUCGCCGCCGCGCGGGAGAGAGCGCGAGCGCGGGCUCGCGAAUCUCGGGACGUCGUCGAGAGUGAUCGGCGGCGCGGUGAUGGACACGUGGCGGGAAGGAGACACGUGGCGGCAGGGCGGCGGCGUCGGACGCGCGAGAAAAGCGUGGCCGGGGGAGAACGACGCGAGAGAUUCGAAUCGCACGCGGUGGCGGCCGAGCGUGUCGUGGCGGCCGCUGUCCACGGAGGCGGUCAACGCGAAGCUUCGCGGGCUGGGGAAGCCGGAGUUAGAUCCGAAGGCGCGGCGGAGGGACCUCCCGCCGGGGAUGCAGACGCGAUGGGUGUGA